GUAAGGACCCGACGUAGUGCGAAGCCUUAACUAUGAUCGUAUCGCAAGUGAUCGGCAACCACGUGGCCUGCAGCAUGGGCGGAGCCACGGGACACUUCGAACUCAACGUGUUCAAGACCAUGAUGGUGGCUAAUGUGCUGCGGUCUAUUAGGCUUAUUGGUGACGGUUGCCAAGCAUUCAACAAGAACUGCGCGGUCGGCAUCAAAGCCAACGAGGAGAAGAUCUCCAAGAUCAUGCAGGAGUCUCUCAUGCUGGUCACCGCGCUCAACCCUCACAUCGGAUACGAUAAGGCGGCCAAAAUCGCCAAGACGGCUCACAAAGAAGGCGGCAACCUCAAGGAUACGGCCAUCAAACUGGGAAUACUCACGGCAGAACAAUUCGACCAAUGGGUGAAGCCGGAGAAUAUGCUUGGACCUAAGUAGUUAGCGGCCGGUAAACUUCGGACAGAAUCCCAAAUUGAAAUACGAAUGCGCAGAAUGAAAAAACGAACAAUAUUGCAUUUAAGCACGCGUUAGGUGAUGCUGAUAUUUCUGAUAGGUAGAUGUUGGUAACUGUCAUUAAAAUACACUUAACUGUAUCUUUUAACCCUUUCAAUUGGCCAAUGACGCCCACAGACGCGCACGGUUUUGGUUAGAGUCUGCCCCUGCAAAUAUAAUCUAGUUUCUGUUUGAUUUUUUUAUGGCAUUUGGUCUUGAUUAAAACGUUCAUAAAUUCAAUAUAUAAACUAGAGUUAGACCAAGAAAAGUCUGCAGCGAUUUUGAUAGCCCACGCAGUGCAAGUGUUAUUUUAAACUUCAACCUUCUAUGAAAUUGUGACAUAUAAAUAACACUUGCAUUAAAUACGUUGGGCUGUCAAAAUCGCUGCACACUUUUCUUGGUCAAACUCUACACGUUUGCGUUAGCGCCCUCAUAACAAGGAGUUUGACAGUGAUAUCGUACGCGGUAAGGGCCACCACACACUAGCGUUUUUUGAGCGUGGGAGUCAGCGCUGAAAAUGGCGUCGCUGCGCAGUUGUGCCAAGUGGCGUCGAGCAGCAGACAUAGAGUUGACUAGACGCAAACGCUUGGGAGGCGCUAGUGUGGGGGGGGGGGGGGCUAAGGGUUAACCCUUUAACCGCUAUUUUUAAAAUCCAAAUACUAACUUGCCGUUCGUCGUGUUCUUGGCUUGCUUGUUCAAAGGGUUAAUGAUCAAAACUGAACCCACCUAAUAAUAAAAAAGUUCUCCAGUGCCCCAGGCCGGAUUCGAACCGGUGACUUCAGCAUGUCAGUUAUGGCGCCAGCCGCGAAUGCUGAUGAAGAUGGAGGUUCGAUCCCGGCCUUGGGCAACAGGAGGCCUUAAGUUUAUUUAGCAGGUAUUAGACAAAAUGUUUAAAAUUUACGUACUUAUUCAUUUAUCAGUAUCUCUAAUUUCAACUAGGUAAGUAACACACAAUUAUUUGGUAAUUUAUUUUGCUUUGUUCCAUACUAGAGUUAAUGAUUUUUAGGUACAUGUAUACUGAGAAUUGUUUUGUUAGGAUGUUUUGAAAUUGUUAUUGUAAAUGUUAUUAUUUGAUGUCAAUAUACCGCUAAGCCUUUUGUGAAUUUACUCAUUAAAUAUAUGUUUUUUUUUAUUGUG